AAAAAAUUUAAUUGAUUCUAUGCAUGUAAAUGCGUAAACUUGAGUUAUGAACAGCUAUUUCAAACUGUUUACAUGAAUGAUGCAAGGAAUCCAGAUCUUUGACAACAAUUUCCACAUUGUUUGUUUUCUCAAACCUCAUUUGGCUUAUUAUUGCUUCGAUUAAAAAUCCCCAGUAGAUCUGGUCAAAAUAAACAAUUUGAAACAAAUAGCCGAAGAAUGUUUUUCUCAAUGAACACAUUUUUUGCCUCGUUUCACAUUCUUGCUUCAUAUGCAACCUCAAAGCAUUGGAUUAUUAUUCAUGUGAACAAUCGUAGUAUGUCAUCUGAAAGUCUAUUACCGAUUCCGUUAUUCAAUAAUUCAGGAACUUAUACAGCAUCACAAGUCAUUCAG